AUGGCCACUCAUUACGCACCCCGCGAGACGCCGCCGGUUGGCAGUGGCCCGGGCGCUUCGCCUCCUGGCCCUCGGGCUCCGGUACACACCGGUGUCGCAUCGGAAUUUGUGCUCAAGCGCUAUGACAAUAUUGUGAAGUCCCAAGAAGACAAAAGGGAGUACAGAGGUCUGCAGCUUACGAAUAAUCUCAAAGUGCUACUCGUCAGUGAUCCGAACACUGACAAAUCAGCGGCUGCGAUGGAUGUCAACGUUGGAUAUCUCAGCGACCCAGAAGAGUUGCCAGGGUUGGCGCACUUUUGUGAACACAUGCUGUUUUUGGGCACGAAGAAAUAUCCAGAGGAGAAUGAAUACAACAAGUUCCUGUCGGAGCAUGGAGGGUCAUCAAACGCGUCCACGUCUUCUGAUCACACCACAUACUACUUCGAUGUCUUGCCUUCUCACCUUGGCAAGGCUUUGGAUAUCUUCGCCCAGUUCUUCAUCUCGCCGCUCUUCACGGAGUCGGCCACGGGCAGGGAACUGAGUGCAGUCAACUCUGAGCACGAGAAGAACACCUCAUCGGACACCUGGAGAUUGGAUCAGCUCAACAAGAGCACAGCAUCUCCAUCGCACCCUUACCAUAAGUUUGGCACAGGUAACAGAGAAACCCUGGAGACGAUACCGAAACAGAAGGGCAUCGAUGUUCGAAAAGAACUGCUGAACUUCCACGAGCAGUGGUAUUCUGCCAACAUCAUGACGUUGGUGGUCAUCGGCAAAGAGUCUUUGGACGAGCUGGAGGGUGUAGUGGUGCCCCUGUUCGCCGAGGUCCAGGAUCGCCAGGUCACUGCACCGUCUUGGCCGCAGCAUCCGUUCCCGCCGGCUUUGUGUCGCAAACGAGCUUACUGCCUGCCCGUCAAGGAUCUGAGAUCGCUCUCCAUCGACUUCCCAAUUCCGGACACCCGCAAGUACUACAAGAGUGGGCCGGGGCACUAUGUAUCGCACCUGCUGGGUCACGAAGGCGCCGGGAGUUUGCUGGCGGAGCUCAAACGACGGGGCUGGUGCAACAGCCUAGUGGGUGGGACAAGGAUAGGUGCCCGUGGAUUUGGCUUCUUCGGUGUGCAGGUGGAUCUGACCGAGGAUGGAUUGGAGCACGUGGAUGAUAUAGUCAAUUUGGUCUUUCAGUACAUCUCCAUGCUGCGGGCAGAGGGAGCCCAGCGCUGGGUGUGGGACGAGCAGCGCGAGCUGAUGGCCACAGAGUUCAGGUUCAAGGACGUCCAGGAGCCGCGGGGUUUUGUUGUGGGACACGUGCACUUACUGCAGGAGUUUCCAAUGGAGGAUGUGCUGAGUGCAUACUAUCUGAUGACAGAGUGGAGGCCAGAGCUCAUCGAGGAACUGCUGGAUCAGCUCACGCCGGACAACGUCAGGAUUGGGAUUGUUGCCAAGCGUUUCGGUGACAAGUGCACGCAAACUGAACCAUGGUAUGGAACCAAAUAUUUGCAGGAGGACAUCGAGGAGGCGACGCUUGACGUGUGGCGGAACGCGCGUGCGGGGGACACGCUGCAUCUGCCGGAGCCCAACCAGUUCGUCCCCACGGUGCUACGGCUCGAGCGCAGCCCUGACCCCACGCUGGACUCCGUGGCGCCUGCUAUCAUCAAGGACACUCCGCUCAUGAGGCUGUGGUUCAAACGGGACAACGAGUUCAUGCUGCCGAAGGCUUUUAUCACCUUCGAUUUGGUCAGUCCUCUGGCGUAUUCGGACCCCAGCAGCUGCUCGCUGACGUCGGUGUGGGUGCUGGUGCUGCGCGACGCGCUGCAGCAGUUCGCGUACGCGGCCGAGCUGGCCGGCCUGCGCUGGAAUGUCGGCAACGCGAAGUACGGACUCAGUAUUACGAUAGAGGGUUACGACGACAAGCAGCACGUGCUCUUGGAGAAUAUCAUCGACCACAUCGUGAACUUCAAGGUGGACCCCAAGAGGUUCGAGAUCAUGAAGGAGAACCACAUCAGGGCAAUCAAGAAUUUCGAGGCAGAGCAACCUUAUCAGCAUGCCGUGUACCAUCAAGCUCUCUGCCUGUCCGAUCUUGUUUGGACCCGUUCACAACUUCUAGAAGCUGCUAAAGGCAUAACCAGUGAGCAGUUGGAUGAGUUCGUGGGUCGACUGAUCCGCAAGGUUCACGUGGAGGCGCUGAUGUUCGGGAACCUCACCAGGGAACGAGCACUUUCCAUGGCGGACAUGAUCGAGGCCAAAUUGCCCAAGGACGCGACUCCCUUGUUGGCUCAACAGCUCAUGCUGUACCGGGAAGUGGAGCUGGAGAAAGGGUCCUGGUUCCUUCGGGAGACGGAAAACUCAGUCCACAAAUCCUCCUGUGCGUCCCUGUACUACGCGUGUGGAGUUCGAGCCACUCGGGCCAACGUGACUUUAGAGCUGCUGGCCCAAGCGUUGGCUGAACCUUGCUUCAACGUGCUCAGGACUAAGGAGCAACUUGGCUACAUAGUUUUUAGCGGCGUCCGUCGCUCCAACGGUGUGCAAGGUCUCCGCGUCAUAGUGCAGAGCGACCGACACCCUGCAUAUUUGGAGGAGAGGAUCGAUGCUUUCCUCCAAAGCUGCCAGGAAUACCUGGACAAGAUGUCGGAGGAGGAGUUCCUAAAGCACCGUGCAGCAUUGGCCGCCCAGCGUCUGGAGAAGCCCAAGAGGAUGAGCAGCAAGGCCUCGCAGCUUUGGAGCGAGAUCUCCUCACAGGUGUACAACUUCGAGAGGCCCCGAGUGGAAGUGGAACAGCUUAACACUAUCACCAAGGAGGAGUUGAUACAAUUCUACAAGAAGCACAUUAGCGAGGAGUCCACGGAGAGACAGAAGCUGUCCGUCCACGUGGUGUCCACCGCGGUGGGGGGUGCGGGCACCGCGGGGGAUGGGGCGAGUGCGGGGAGUGGGAGGGAGAGCCCAGAGGAUGAUACGCAGGGGACACAGACGCGAGCCCAGCCCGUCAAGAUCACAGACCUGGUGGAGUUUAAAUCCAGAAGAAGGCUGUACCCUCAUCCCGCGCCCUUCAUGAAUAUACCGAGGAAAGGGGCACAUUGUAAACUGUAG